UAGAACGGAAAUAGACUGAAAAUGGAUAGCGCUGUGUCUUCGGCGUCAUUGAUGCAAUCGACGGUAUCGCUGUCCAAGGCCAAGAAGCCGAAACGCGAACGAUUGCCGACAUUCGAUUUAUCGCUGGAGCAGAAAAACGAUAUUAAGAAGGCAUUCGAUUUAUUUGACACGAACUGCACGGGCUUUAUCGAGGAGAAGGAGCUGCGUGUGGCCAUCCGUGCCUUGGGCUUUGAGCCCAAGAAGGAGGAGAUCAAGAGCAUGAUGGAUGAGAUUGACAAGGACAAGACAGGGCGCAUAGCGUUCAAUGAUUUUCUAUAUCUAAUGCGUCUGAAGAUGUCCGAGAAGGACUCUAUGCAGGACAUGCUGAAGGCUUUUGCCUUCUUCGACGAUGAUCGCACUGGGCGCUGCUCAUUCGCCAAUUUGAAGCGUGUGGCCAAGGAGCUUGGGGAGAAGCUCACCGACGAGGAGCUGCAGGAGAUGAUCGACGAGGCCAAUGCCAGUGGCGAUGGCGAGGUCACACGCCAGGAGUUUUUGGACUUCACAAAGAAAACUUUUCUUAUUUAAAUUCCCUUUUUUACUGAUUUGUAUAUUGCUUUGCGUUUGGGGAAACGACGUUGUUAAUGGAUUAACAUAGAAUAUUGAUUUACACAUCGUUUCAGGUGGCAUGCCACGA